AUGAACUCCGUCCAAGGCAGCUGCAGUCACAGGGUUAUGAGCUGCGGGCGUUCUCUGCCCUGGUCCGCGCGCGCGUGUAGCUCCUCGAAGUGGAGCGUGAGCCCCGCCCCCUCCGCUGGCUGCUGCCUGGUCACUCCCACAAUGCUCCGCAAUGGGCACAGCAUGCAGUUGCAGCUGUGCGCAGAGGCGGCCUUCCCUCCGAAAUGGAAGUUAGUGAGAGUUAAUAAAUAUGUAUUGAUCAUGUGUCCUGGGAACAGCGGGGAUCGAGCAGAGAAUGAGACCAACAAAGACCCCAGAGAGGGGGUCAGGGCAGAUGUCUUUAAGACAAACCCACCAGCAGGGCCUGGUCAGGUGGAGAUAGAAACUGGUGGACAAAUGUCUCCUUUUUUCCUGGCCCUGGGAGGUCCAUCUUGGGAUGCAAUUGAUUCAGCUGCAGUCACAGCGGGGUUUAAGUGUUCAACAUAUGAAUUUGUAGGGGACACAAUUGAGACCAUAGCAGAAGGGGAAGUACAAAGAGGAGCAGCUGUUCUCCCAGAAGGACCCUCCCGGGAGAUGGAGACACUGGAUACUAAUGCCUCAGUGGAACAGAGAUUCUGCAAGUUCUCAGAAGACUACAAGCAAAUCUACCUCUCCCUGACCUACAGUAUCAUCCUCAUGCUAGGGCUGCCCCUGAAUGUCACGGUCUUGUGGCUCUCCUGGAGCCAAACCAAGCGCUGGAGCUGUGCCACCAUCUAUCUGGUGAACCUGAUGGUAGCUGACCUACUUUACGUGCUGACGCUGCCCUUCCUCAUCAUCACCUACUCCCUGGGUGACAGGUGGCUCUUUGGAGAGCUGCUGUGCAGGCUGGUGCGCUUCCUGUUCUAUACCAACAUCUACGGCACCAUCCUGCUACUGACCUGCAUAUCUGUGCACCGCUUCCUGGGUGUGUGCCAUCCCCUGCGUUCACUGCCCUUCCGGACCCGCCGGCAUGCCCUCCUGGGCACCGCCACCACCUGGGCCCUGGUGGUCCUCCAGCUACUGCCCACAUUAUUCUUCUCCCAAACAGACUACAUCAAUGGCCAGACGGUCUGCUAUGACACGACAAGCCCUGAAAAAUUUGACCAGUUUUUCGCCUACGGCAUGGUUCUAACACUGUCCGGCUUCCUUUCCUUCUUUGGUUAUUUUGGUGUGCUACUCGCUGAUGGUGAAGAGCCUGGUCAAGCCAGGAGAGACCCUCCUGAGGACAGGCAACGCAGCGCGGACCAAGUCCAUCCGGACCAUCUUGCUGGUGUGCGGCCUCUUCACUGUCUGCUUUGUGCCCUUCCACAUUACACGCUCCCUCUACCUCACACUCCGCUUCCUGUCUUCAGAGGACUGCCAGCUCUUGAUGGUGGCCAGCUUGGCCUAUAAGAUAUGGAGGCCACUGGUGAGCAUGAGCAGCUGCCUCAACCCAAUCCUGUACUUUCUAUCAGUGGCAACAACAGAGUCAAGCUCUUCCAGAAACUCAGACAUAACAAGGUGGGUGAGCAUCCAGCUAGAGCCAAGGGCGAGAGACCCAAGGGUGGGCAGAUCUGGGUACUGACAAGAUGA